AUGGUCAUGCGCUGCAACCUCAGCCAGAGACGGCCGAGCGGCAACAUCAACGGUUUUCGUGGCAACUACAUGCACAUGAAGAUGCUCCAGCCUAUGAGGAAGUACAACAACAACGAUCCCAGCAGCCCGCGCCGCAUGCGCCUCAGCGGCCCCAGUUAUGCGCAAACUCCAGUCGAACACGAAGCAUAUAUCUACAUGUCCUCUGCGAAUGACCCGCCUAUUCCACAAUCGCACAGGACCGUACAGCAGAUACAUUCCCCCCACACGCCAAUCGAUUCGCGACCACAGUCGAUCUUCAAUCCGCUUACAUCCGCGGCGCAGCCACAUCCGCAAUUUCAGCAAGGCUACGCACCACCGUCAUCUUACGCGUAUGCCGAGCAACCUCCAGUGUCGCCCGUAUCACCGCACGAAGCUACUCGCUCAGUACCCUUCUCUCCAGUCUCACCUCUCCCACCUCCACAGAACUUUGCGCAACCAGUGCAGCCCGCGCCGGUGACGAUUCCACCAACUAGCCAUGCACGGAAGAUGAGCAAUUUGAGUCCCAUCAAUACCAACCUCACGAAGUACCAGAUGCCUCCAAUACCUCCAACCCCACCAUCGGGCAAUCCGGCCUCACCGCUACCACAGAAGACGCCAAUGACACCUCUAUCUCCAAAUUCGACGACGAAGGAUCCGAGCCGUGACAAUCGCCAGUCGUAUGCCAACGAGCCGUAUUCGCCUCAUGGCUUCGACUCGACACAAACAAACAAUAUGCAUGCCGUCUUUUCGCCCGAUGCUACACAUGGCCCGAAUGGGCUGGACUUUGCGCUCCAUCAACCAGGCCAAAUCGCACAUCCCAACAUGGACUCGGUAUCCAGCAAAGAAUGGAACACAUCUCUCUGCAGCUGCAGCCCCGACCCCUCAACCUGUCUCACAGGCCUCUUCUGCCCCUGUAUCCUCUAUGGCCGCACAUCCUACCGUCUCUCGCAAAAGUCCGCCAAGAAAGACCCCACAGAUAUGCUGGGCCACAGCGCCACGAAUGGUCACUGCAUGCUCAUGUCCAUCUCGUGCGGACUAUGGUCGUUAUUCCCCAUGCUGCAGCGCACGAGAGUCCGACAUGCGUAUAAACUUGCGGGCAGUCUGGGUGGCGACUUACUCAAGGGUUGUUGUUGCUGUUGCUGUGUUGCGGUGCAGAAUGAGCGCGAGGUCAGGUUGAGGGAAGAGGCGAGUAGGAGGUGGGCGGGGCCGGCAAGUACGGAUGUUUAUACGAGGACUGGGGGGAUGGUGUAUAAGCCGCAGCAGUAG